GGAGAGGUUUUGCCGAGCCAGUUUCGAUGGAGUUCUGUGUUGGCCCCCCGCCCUCCCGGGCAUGACUGUGAGGCAACGCUGUCCUGAAUUGAAGGGAUUUAUUUCAAGGCGGUACGCUUACCGGACGUGUGGUCCAACCUCCACAUGGGUCGGUUUUACCAAAAGUUCAGCUGCUGAGACGGAAAGUAAGAUCCUGAAGCGGAUUGAAAGCGACGGGGACGGACUAACGGAUUACACACGUUGUAUUAACUAUACGAUGGAGAUGGCUGGCCUGGCGCCCAGAUACACAGGUGUUUCAGAGAUGGAUGAAGUCACAGCGAUGGAGAUUCUUGGAUAUGUUCUGAAAUCGUUGUCAAUCUUAACAUUGUUUGUGGCUGUGUGUUUAUAUGGGUGCUGUGUACGAGCAAAAACUCAGAGAUACAAGAUAUUCAUUCCAAUGUUCUUAUCCACAAUGAUGAAAUAUGUCGUCAGUUUGGUUGACGUUAUCGUCUGGCGCUUUGAAACUGACUUCCAGCAGACGACAGUUUGGAGACACCCUGUUGUCUGUAAAUGUGCGAAUUCGGUAACACGAUUCUCCGAGUUAUCAGUGUACUCAUGGAUCGCUGUGCUUGGAGUAUAUUAUCUCUUUGCAGUGCUGGGCGAUAUAAUCAAAGGCAGACGGGUCAUAGUGUUGUACUUAGUUGGCCUCGGAAUUCCUGUCGUCUUUGCGACGGCGUGGGCCCUCACCGUGACGUUCGUCCUUUCAACUGACGUCUGCGACGACGGUCAGAUUCCACAUGCAACCCACUGGAUAACGGAUGCUCCUAAACUGGCAUGCGUGUUGAUAGCGUUCUGUAUUUUCAUCGUCUGCGUGUAUGCAGCGUUUAGGGGACUGAUUGAUGAAGAUGUGCCGGAAUUUAAACUUGUUAAACAAGGAACCAUUAAAUGUCUCCUGUUUUUGACGUUGUGUACAUCGGCAGAUCUCUACCUUUUGGUGAUCGUGUACAACAAUGGCGGUCAGACGAUUCGUGUGUCGUCUGCCGACUCGUGGAUGGAUUACUUCAAUCUUGUUGUGGACAGUAUUCCGGGGAUGAUAAUGGCGAUAUUGCUCUGUUUUGUUGAUAACGAAGUUCGAGUGUGUGAAAAUGAGCCUCGCAAAGUGAACGUUGUGGUGGUUGAGCGAGGUCGCGAACACAAUCGUUGAGUACAGACACACCCGCUAUCUGACCGCGCCAGACAUAGUAGGUGAUAAAAGGACCACCUCUGGAACAGUACCAUAACAUAUUCAUGUAUCGUCUUACACCAAGACAGAUAACACCUAUGUUCAAACAGGAACGCAUCUCAGAGGCGGAUUCAGGAUUCUCAAAGCGGUACGACUAAGAGAACGUAUUAUCAUUGGUGGAAUGGCCGUAUAUAGUUGGAUCCUUGACUGUCAGCCCCAAUUCGAAUUCCAUGGGUACAAAGUAUGACGGUUCACCGUCGUAGUAUGACAGGAGCAACGCUAGAAAUGGCCUCAAACCCACCAUCCCGUUCACCUGUACAGAUAACUUUUAUUUUACAACUCCAAACGUUUUUCUCGAAUCCGCAAGGCACGAAAAGAACUGAUAAGGGGGUCUAUGUUUCUGAUAAGGUGCCUGUGAUAGUGACCAAGUAAUAAAGUGACCACUGUAUGAUAAUGACUUAGAAGGUCCUUGAUAUGCCACGACCACACACACUCGAAACAACUUGAAGUCUGUCAUCAAUCAGCUUUGUGGCACGAGCGCCACAUCUGGAGCAAGCAGUGUCGCAUACCUUUUCAUUUGAGAUAUUUCGUUUCGUGGCAAUCUGGAAUAGUCAGUUUCACAUAAUUUUAAUUUUGAUAUAUUUCGUUUCUUGUUUACUACACCUAUGAAACAAACUGUUUUAUAGGACUUUUCAUUGAUAUAUUUCGUUUCAUGUAGCACUUUUUGUAUAGAUCGUACCUUGUCUAAUUUUUCAUGUUUAUGUAAACGUUCUUGCGUAGCUUAUAUAUCAGGCAUAGUGUUGAGAUUAGAGGAUCGGUUGUGGUAUGAACCGAGGCGAGGGCACGGGACCAAAUGUGCAUUAUACGGACACCCAGUUAGCGGUAGCAGCACGUAUUACCUUAUGUUAACCAUUUCUACUUCCUGCAUAUGUGUAUUGGAUUACUGAUGUAAAACAUGGGGGAGAUUAUUACACAGAAUGUUUUUUUCUUUCAUUAAAAGCUCAAUACAAA